AUGUCUUAUUUUAUUUAUCAGGUGAAGUGUGUGAAGUUCAGCUGUGGCCCCCAUGAGAAGUGUGAGGUGAAGAACGGUGUCAGGGAUUGCCAGGGUGUUGGAAAGGGAGUCUGCACCAUCUCAGGUGACCCACAUUACAAGACCUUUGACAACAGCACCUAUGACUUCCAAGUGGUGGAGAACGAGAAGUGGUACGCCAUGUCAAAUAAUCCAAAGGUAGCCGUUGCCAAGCUUGUGGCUGUAGAAGUCUAUGGUAACACCCUGGUUCUAAGGAAGAAUCAAGCAGGAAUGAUAAUGGUAAAUGGAAUUAUGAUGAGCCUCCCUGUGAAUCUAAACAACGGAGCAGUGCAGGCCUACCAAGAGGGCACCUACGAUGUCAUCAUAACAGACUUCGGUCUGAGAGUCACCUAUGACCUUGUGUACCACGUCAUGGUCACCGUCCCUGGCAACUACCGAGGCAAGACCUGUGGUCUGUGUGGCAAUUUCAACGACAACAAGAAUGAUGAGUUUCAACUGCCUGAUGGGAAAAUCACCAAGGACCUCCUGACCUUUGGGGCAGCCUGGAAGAUAAGUGUGCCGCAUGUGGUUUGUGAGGAUGGAUGCAGCGGAGAAUUUUGCCCCAAGUGUGACGCUAAUAAAAAAGCCAUAUUUGAGGCCGACUGUAGUAUCAUCACAAACCCUAAAGGUCCCUUCGCCGCCUGCCACAAUGUGAUAGACCCUGCCUCUUACUUCAGAGAUUGUGUCUAUGAUGUCUGCUUGUCUGAGGGAGACCGUAAGGUUCUCUGUCACAGCAUAUCAGCAUACAUGAUCGACUGCCAGGACUUUGGGGUUAACAUCAGUAACUGGAGAACACCAACCUUCUGUCCCCUGGACUGUCCUGCCAACAGCCACUACCAGAGCUGCUCUGAGAUCUGUGCCACCCCAUGUCCCGGCCUCUCUGACAUUAUCACCUGCCCCACCACUUGUGCUGAGGGCUGUGCCUGCAAUACAGACUACUACUUCAACGGGACAGGCUGUGUUAAGUGGGACCUGUGCAGCUGUUACCACAAAGGACGCACCUACAAGAUUGGUGAGUCUGUGUUGUCAGAGGAUUGCCAGGAGCUCUGCACCUGCACUGCCUCUGGUGAUGUGAAAUGUGAGGCCACCAAGUGCAAGGCUGACGAGAGCUGCCAGGUCAUGAAUGGUCACCUGGGCUGUGUUAGAAAGGGAGUCUGCACCAUCUCAGGUGACCCACAUUACAAGACCUUUGACAACAGCACCUAUGACUUCCAAGGUACCUGCACCUACACUGCAGCUCAAGGCUGCCAUCUAGAGGGCACCCGCCUCAACCCCUUCUCUGUAGUGGUGGAGAACGAGAAGUGGUACGCCAUGUCAAAUAAUCCAAAGGUAGCCGUUGCCAAGCUUGUGGCUGUAGAAGUCUAUGGUAACACCCUGGUUCUAAGGAAGAAUCAAGCAGGAAUGAUAAUGGUAAAUGGAAUUAUGAUGAGCCUCCCUGUGAAUCUAAACAACGGAGCAGUGCAGGCCUACCAAGAGGGCACCUACGAUGUCAUCAUAACAGACUUCGGUCUGAGAGUCACCUAUGACCUUGUGUACCACGUCAUGGUCACCGUCCCUGGCAACUACGAGAAUGAUGAGUUUCAACUGCCUGAUGGGAAAAUCACCAAGGACCUCCUGACCUUUGGGGGCAGCCUGGAAGAUAAGUGUGCCGCAUGUGGUUUGUCCUUCGCCGCCUGCCACAAUGUGAUAGACCCUGCCUCUUACUUCAGAGAUUGUGUCUAUGAUGUCUGCUUGUCUGAGGGAGACCGUAAGGUUCUCUGUCACAGCAUAUCAGCAUACAUGAUCGACUGCCAGGACUUUGGGGUUAACAUCAGUAACUGGAGAACACCAACCUUCUGUCCCCUGGACUGUCCUGCCAACAGCCACUACCAGAGCUGCUCUGAGAUCUGUGCCACCCCAUGUUCUGGCCUCUCUGACAUUAUCACCUGCCCCACCACUUGUGCUGAGGGCUGUGCCUGCAAUACAGACUACUACUUCAACGGGACAGGCUGUGUUAAGUGGGACCUGUGCAGCUGUUACCACAAAGGACGCACCUACAAGAUUGGUGAGUCUGUGUUGUCAGAGGAUUGCCAGGAGCUCUGCACCUGCACUGCCUCUGGUGAUGUGAAAUGUGAGGCCACCAAGUGCAAGGCUGACGAGAGCUGCCAGGUCAUGAAUGGUCACCUGGGCUGUGUUAGAAAGGGAGUCUGCACCAUCUCAGGUGACCCACAUUACAAGACCUUUGACAACAGCACCUAUGACUUCCAAGGUACCUGCACCUACACUGCAGCUCAAGGCUGCCAUCUAGAGGGCACCCGCCUCAACCCCUUCUCUGUAGUGGUGGAGAACGAGAAGUGGUACGCCAUGUCAAAUAAUCCAAAGGUAGCCGUUGCCAAGCUUGUGGCUGUAGAAGUCUAUGGUAACACCCUGGUUCUAAGGAAGAAUCAAGCAGGAAUGAUAAUGGUAAAUGGAAUUAUGAUGAGCCUCCCUGUGAAUCUAAACAACGGAGCAGUGCAGGCCUACCAAGAGGGCACCUACGAUGUCAUCAUAACAGACUUCGGUCUGAGAGUCACCUAUGACCUUGUGUACCACGUCAUGGUCACCGUCCCUGGCAACUACCGAGGCAAGACCUGUGGUCUGUGUGGCAAUUUCAACGACAACAAGAAUGAUGAGUUUCAACUGCCUGAUGGGAAAAUCACCAAGGACCUCCUGACCUUUGGGGCAGCCUGGAAGAUAAGUGUGCCGCAUGUGGUUUGUGAGGAUGGAUGCAGCGGAGAAUUUUGCCCCAAGUGUGACGCUAAUAAAAAGCCAUUUGAGGCCGACUGUAGUAUCAUCACAAACCCUAAAGGUCCCUUCGCCGCCUGCCACAAUGUGAUAGACCCUGCCUCUUACUUCAGAGAUUGUGUCUAUGAUGUCUGCUUGUCUGAGGGAGACCGUAAGGUUCUCUGUCACAGCAUAUCAGCAUACAUGAUCGACUGCCAGGACUUUGGGGUUAACAUCAGUAACUGGAGAACACCAACCUUCUGUCCCCUGGACUGUCCUGCCAACAGCCACUACCAGAGCUGCUCUGAGAUCUGUGCCACCCCAUGUCCCGGCCUCUCUGACAUUAUCACCUGCCCCACCACUUGUGCUGAGGGCUGUGCCUGCAAUACAGACUACUACUUCAACGGGACAGGCUGUGUUAAGUGGGACCUGUGCAGCUGUUACCACAAAGGACGCACCUACAAGAUUGGUGAGUCUGUGUUGUCAGAGGAUUGCCAGGAGCUCUGCACCUGCACUGCCUCUGGUGAUGUGAAAUGUGAGGCCACCAAAAGUGGUGCAAUCACAGCCAUGGGGGCCUAUGAGAUAAUCAAAGUUUGUGACAAUGCUCUGGUGGAAGAGUGGUUCAGAGUGGUGGUGACGUUGCAGGCCUGUGGGAAGUCUGGCCUCAAGAGCGUUGUUGCUGUGUACGUCUACUUCAAUGAUCUGAUGAUCACUGUCAACAGCAAGCAUGAAACUUGGAUAAAUGGUAAGAAGGUGACUCUACCACGCCUGCUGAGUAAUGAAGUCUCAGUGAAGGUCUCUGACAAGACAGUGAUGAUUGAGAGGAUGUCAGGCCUUCAGGUGUCAUACAGCCUCUCUCAGGAGAUCAUAGUGACAGUGAGUGCCCACAUGGCUGACAAGGUGUGUGGAGCUUGUGGAAGACUGGUUCCUUCAGGAGACGUUAUCCCGGUCCCUAGUUUCCUGACUAUGCAGGAAUACAUGGACGGCUGGAACGCACCAGACUUCCCCACCUGCAGAUAUGAGAAGAACAGGAUAGACUGGGACACUGUGGUCACUCUCAGAGAGUCUUUGUCUUGA